ACAAGGACCCAGAUCUCUGGGUUCUCUAGCUUGGGAAGGCUGGGGGGCAGGGUCUGGAGGCAGCCUGGACACCUGGGUUCUCUUGGAAAAGAGGAGGGGCUAGAGCAUGGAGAGCUGGGAGCCUGGACACUUGAGUUCUUUGCCUGGUGCCUUUGUCUGUCAGGCAACCCCUCCUUGGGGUAAGGGAAGUGGGGGAGGGGCAGGCGUGUCAGGGCUCCUGGGGCACCUGAGCCCUUGUGGAGGGUGGAGUAGGGGGCAGGGCUUCCUCUCACCAGGCAACCUCCUCAGCACCUGGCAGCCACAGGUCUUGGCCAUGACCUUCCCAUGGCCUGUUCUGCCCCUGCUGCUUCUGCUGCUGCCCCCCCUUCCGGGGGAACCCUUCCCACUCCCCACUUUUGCUCCCCCAAAUGCUUCCUUCCAGCACCUGCUGGUGGCCUCCACGGGUGACGUGUAUGUGGGUGCCACCAAUGCCAUCCACCGCCUGGGCCCUGGCCUGGCCCCACUGGCCACAGCCACCACAGAGAAUCCCCCCAAUCUCCCCAACCCCAACCGCCUGCUUCUUGAGACCCCCAGUGGGCGCCUGCUGACUUGUGGGCAACGUCACCACGGCCUGUGCCAGGCCCGGGCCUUGGCCGACCCUCAGCAUGUCCUCGCCACUCCUCCAGACCCUGGCGAGGGACAUUUCAUUGCUGCCCCAGAUGCUGGGGUCCCCACCGUGGCUGUGGCUCAUGGAACCUUCCUCUGGGUGGCUCGGGGGAGUUCCGGGACCCGCCUUGUGCCUCCCCUCACUGUCCGGCACCUCGAGGGCCCCCAUGCUUUCUCUGGUGAGGGGCUGGGGCGCCUCGUGGUGGGAGACCCUGGGGAUUAUGGGCUGCACUACAUCCUGGCCGCACCAACUGGCACCCAUGCCUACUUCCUUCUUACCCGUCGUGGGGGCCCCAGCGAACCUGAGCCUCGGACCUAUGCUGCCCGGGCCUGCCUGGCAGACCCCCAGCUCUACUCCUAUGUAGAGGUGCCCCUGGACUGCCAGGCUGGGGCCUAUCCUGUGGCCCGAGCGGGUGCCUUGAGGUCUGGCCAGCACGGAGCACUAUUCGUGGUGGCAGAUGCAGGGGCUGGGCUACUCUCAGCCCUAUGCGUCUUCCCACUGGAGGUGCUGGAGACCGAGGCCGAGGCCACACGCCAGGCCUGCUACAGCCACGGUGGGGGGGUAGGCAUUGACCCUCCCCGUGCCGCCAUCGCCUAUGGGGUCACAUCUCACUGCACCCAUCUGCCCCAGGAGUCAUCAGAGCUGUACCCAUGUGGGGAUGAGCACACGCCCUCCCCAAUUGUCAGCCUGGUGCCCAUCCAGGCCCCGGCCCUAGUCACAGAGCUGCCACAGCUCACAGCUGUCGUGGCCACAGAAGAGGCUGGGAACACCAUCAUCUUCCUUGGAGAUGCCUUUGGGCAGCUGCACAAGGUAUUCAUUGAGGCCUCAAGGGGCUCUGUGUACAGCACUGUGCGUCUCAGCCAGCACAGCCCCAUCAGCCCCGACCUGCUACUGGACAAGACUGGGACCUAUCUCUAUGCCAUGACUGAAUCCCAGGUCACCCGGCUCCCAGUCAGCAAAUGUCCCCAGUUCCCAGACUGCACCUCCUGCCUUGGUGUCCGGGACCCCUUCUGCGGCUGGUGUGUCUUACAGGGCCGGUGCAUGCGGAAGCUAGAGUGUGUGCACCAUGAGGGAGCCAAUCAGUGGCUGUGGAGCUAUGGGGAAGGCAGCCAGUGCCUGCAGGUGGAGAGUGUGAUGCCAGCCAAUCAGAGCCGUGGAGAGCCUGCUGAGGUGAUGCUGCAGGUGCCCCAGCUCCCCUUGCUGGCUGAGGGCAAGAGCUACCACUGUGCCUUUGGGAGCCAGGCCCGCCCAGCCACUCGCCAGGACUCCUGGGUCCGCUGCUUGGCGCUCAGCCCUGACCAGGUUCCACCCAGCCCAGAAGGCAAAGAUCAUGUGACCGUGGAGUUGUCUGUGAUGUUUGAGGAUGUGUUGGUGGUAGCAGUGGGAUUUGCCUUCUAUGACUGCAGCGCUGUUGCCCUCCUGGCCCCCAGUGCACCAUGCACUGCCUGUGUGAGCAGCCCCUGGGGGUGUCACUGGUGCCCCCGGAGUCAUUGCUGUAUCACAGGGGGUUCCUGUCCCACAGGGGAGGUCACCAUCUACAACCAGAACGCAUCUGUGGGGGGCCCCCGGGGCUCCCAGGUCUGCCCCCGCUUGGGGGCGGUCAAGGGAUCGCCCCUGGUGCCCGUGGGGGUCGAGGUGACCCUUGACCUGGAAGCUCACAACCUGAAUUUGCUGGGGGUCCCAUUGCCACGGCUACGCUGUGUGCUAGAGGUCGGACGGGGGCUGGUGGAAGUGGAGGCCUCCCCAGGGGGCCCCUAUAGGCUCCAGUGUGGCCCCCAUGCCUAUGACUUUGGUGCAUCAGCUCCCCAGCUCCGAGCCCCCGUGUAUGUCACUGUGGGGGAGAGGUGGCACCUGGACACUCCCUCUGGCUUACAUGUGAUGCUGUAUGAUUGCUCUGUGGGCCGGCCUGACUGCAGCCGGUGCCGUGCGGCCUCUCCUGCUCUAGGAUGCCAGUGGUGCCCUCCUGGCUGCCAGCACCACCGCCUCUGCCCCCCGGGGGGUGCCCCACCUUCCUGCCCUGCCCCCUUUAUACAUCAGGUGCACCCCUUGAGUGGUCCCCCUGAGGGUGGGCUGCUGCUGACCAUUGCUGGCUCUGACCUGGGCCAACGCUUCGAGGACGUGGCUGGCACUGUCCGCGUGGCCGGGAGGCCCUGCCUGCCUGACCCUGCCCGCUACCGCCUGGCUGCCCAGAUUGUGUGCCAAGUACCCCCAGCUGAAGGUGGGGUCUCGGGGCCUGUGGAGGUGGCUGUUGGGGACCAGCCCCCUGGGGUCUCCAUCCAGCAUUUCACCUAUCAGGACCCCCAGCUGUGGGAGCUGCACCCCCGGAUUGGACCCGUGGCUGGAGGCACACAGGUCACUGUGACAGGGGAGGAGCUGGCCACAGGCCCUGAUGUUGCUGUCUUCCUAGGGGACCUACCUUGUUCCCUUGUGGAGCCCCCAGCCCCAGGGACCCUGGUGUGCCUCACCACAGGGGGGACCCUGGGAGAAGCCCCCCUGCGGGUGCAGUUUGGCAAAGUUCUGCGGCAUCUCACCGGGGGGGGUGGCUUCCACUAUGCGCCAAAUCCCAACAUUACCUGGGCUUGGCCCCGCUCUAGCUUCUGUGGGGGUGGGCGCAUCAUCCAGGCCGCAGGUACCAACCUGGAUGUGCCACAGCAGCCGCGGCUGGUCGCUGUGCUAGAACUCCCCACCACCAGCACCCUGCCACCUGGUCGCUGCAAGAAGGGGUGCCCUGGAGUCCUUCCAGAUGCCUCAGAGCCCUGCACUCUGGUGGGCAGCCUGCUAGAGUGUGGCACUACCUGCUCUGCAGCCUCCCCAGCACUGUUGCUGUGCCCAUCACCGGCGGUGCCCCCUCACUCCCGCCUGCGGGAGCUGCUCUUUCAGCUGGAUGGGCUGCACAUGCCUUUUGCUGGCCCAGGGGGUGGCCCCUUCACCUACGCCCCUGACCCCCGGCUGCACUGGCCCCCGGGCGCCCCCCCUGUCCUCAAGCCCGGCAUGCUGCUGCACCUCGAGGGUGAGGGGCUGACGCUAGGCACAUCCAAGGAAGAGGUGGUGGCACGGGUGGGAGCAGGGCUCUGUGUUGUCAAGACCCUCACCCCCACUCACCUGUACUGUGAGCCGCCCCCGGUACCACCUGGUUCCCUGCAACCUGCCCCCUUCGUCGUGGAGAUGGGGCAUGUGCAGGUGGUGCUGGGCCCAGUGCACUACGAGGCAGAGCCACCCCCUGGCCUGCCCCCUGGUGCCCAGGCUGGUCUGGGGGUAGGUGCCACUGCCCUGGUUCUCGUGGUUGUCCUCCUUAUUCUCAUGUACAGGCGGAAGAGCAAGCAGGCACUGCAGGAGUACAAGAAGGUGUUGGUGCAACUGGAGAACCUGGAAGUCAGUGUGGGCGACCAGUGCCGCAAGGAGUUCACUGAUCUGAUGACGGAGAUGACAGACCUUGGGGGGCAGCUGGAGGCGGCUGGGAUCCCCUUCCUGGACUAUGGGGCCUAUGCCCUGCGUGCCUUUUUCCCGGGGCCUGGCGGGGGCCCAGGGGCAUGGCCUCCCCACCAUGAGGGGCGCAGCCCUGCCCUGGAGCAGGGCUUGGCCCAACUGUCUGGCCUGCUUAACAAUCGCACCUUCCUCCUCACCCUGGUGCACACACUGGAGGCGCAGGCCUCGCUAUCACGCCGGGAGCGGCUGCGGGCAGCUUCGCUGCUGGGGCUGGGGCUGGGCGGGCGCCUGGAGCUGCUCACGGAUGUACUGGCUGUGCUGCUGGGUGAGCUGGUGCAGCACCAGGCCCAGCGCCCACCCCGCCUCCUUCUGCGCAGGACAGAGACAAUGGUAGAGAAGCUGCUGACGGAUUGGCUGUCUGUCUGCCUCUACCCCUACUUGCGGGAGGUGGCAGGGGAGCCACUGUACUUGCUGUACCGGGCCAUCCGGUGGCAGGUGGAUGAGGGGCCAGUGGAUGCAGUGACAGGGCGGGCACGGCGCACCCUCAGCGAGGCCUGGCUGCUGCGGGAGGACGUGGGUUCCCGACCGCUCACCUUGCGGGUGCUGCCCCCUCCCACUAACCCCCCUGGCCUCACCCCUGCUCGUGUCUUGGACACUGACACAGUGGGCCAAGCCAAGGAAAAGAUCCUGGAGCAGCUCUACAAAGGGCUGCCCCACGCCCAGCGGCCCCCUGCCCACAGCCUAGACCUUGAGUGGCGCUCAGGUGUGGCCGGGCACCUCACGCUAUCGGACCUGGAUGUCACCUCUGUCACCCACAACCAAUGGAAGCGGCUCAACACCCUGCAGCACUAUAAGGUGCCAGACGGGGCAACGGUGGCACUGAUCCCACGGCUACACAAUGACUCCCCCACAGAGUCAUGCCAGACCCCCCUCUCAGGGGACAAUGCACCGACACUGGAAGAUGGUGAGGAGGGGGGUAUCCACCUCUGGCACCUAGAGAAGCCCCCAGAGGAGCUGGAGGGGCCUGGGCAGGUGGCACGACAUGGGAGUCGGGAACGGGAGGGGGCCACGGCUAUCCCUGAGAUCUACCUCACCCGCCUACUCUCUACCAAGGGCAUGCUUCACCCAUUUGUGGAGGGGGCACUGCGGGUUAUCCUGCCAGUUGGGUGCCCCCCACCCCUGCCUGUCAAGUUCCUCUUUGACCUGCUGGAUGAGCUGGCAGCACGGCAUGGCCUGGCUGAGCCUGACACCCUGCGCAGCUGGAAGAACAACAGUCUGCUGCUGCGGUUCUGGGUGCGGGUCGUACGUGACCCACGGAUGCUGCUGGACGUGCGUGUCCCGCCAAGCGUCGAUGCGAGUCUCGGGGUCGUGGCCCAGACGCUUAUGGAUGCCUGCGCUGCUCCCGCCCAGCACCAAGUGGGACGGGACUCCCCUGUGAACAAGCUGCUCUAUGCCCGUGAGAUUCCACGGUAUCGAGAGCUCGUGGACAGGUACUAUGCCGAGGUUCGCCAGGCUCCACCAGUCACGUACCAGGAGAUGAACGCAGCACUGACCAAAAUGUCUCAACUGUCGGUGGAUCUGGACUGCUCGGGGGCGCUGCUAGAGCUGUACGAGUACGUGCGCCUGUGCCACGACCAGCUGGUGGCAGCGCUGGAGGCGGAGCCGGCGGGGCAGAAGCAGCAGCUCGGGGCGCGGCUGCAGCAGGCGGCCGCGCUGCUGGACAACAAGGUCACGGACCUAUGAGCCCGCCCCUAGUGCCUGAUGUUACCGGGCAGCCCCUCCCCCUCGGGGGUGUCUAACCCACACUAACCUGGGGCGGCGAGCCGAGCCCCCCCAGCCUGGGAUGGGGGCGAGUUAUAUGACGUAGAAUAAAGAAUACUCCUGAUUGGA